UCCAACUGUAGCACGAGUUUUUUAACAAAAUGAAUUAAUUCGAAUUCCAAUAACAUUACAGCGAUUGGCGAAGCGUGAAACCAAAACAGCUCAUCUAGUCAUCUUAUUUGUGCCCAUGAAAAAUCGAAAACGAUUCCUUCAUUUCUAGAAAACAAUUAGGUAGCUUACUUACUACGCAGAGUGUAUCAGAAUUCGAGGACUUACGCCCCAAUUCCAACCGUCGAUCACACACCAAACAAUUUCAGCCACUCAUCAAUUCCCGCUUUAUUGAAAACAUCCAAAUAAAAAUUUCGAAAUAUAUAUAAAGCCUAGCCUUACUUUCACAAGUUGCCUGCCUUAAUACAAUCGGCGCCGCCUGUGACAAUGUCUAGCGUUGAAGACGACAAGAAGCCAGCAGAUUCGUCGGCACACAUCAAUCUCAAAGUCAAAGGCCAGGACGGAAACGAAGUAUUUUUCAGGAUCAAGAGAAGCACGCAAGUGAAGAAGCUGAUGAAUGCUUAUUGCGACCGACAAUCAGUUGAUUUCAACUCUAUCGCAUUCCUAUUUGAUGGUCGUCGUCUCCGAGGGGAGCAGACUCCAGAUGAGCUGGAGAUGGAAGAUGGUGAUGAGAUAGAUGCAAUGCUGCACCAGACUGGUGGGACGCUGUUUUAUUGUGCUACUAUAUAACUGUUGACACUUCUUUAACAUUGAUUAUGUGGUAUGUAUGGGCUAUUAUUAUGUGAAUGCGAAUCGGUUUUAACUUA